UAUUAUUUCGGAUAAUUAUAAGAUUAAGAGAUCCAGGCAUUUGGAAAUAAGAGACAAGCCCACAUUUCUCUUCAGCCCACACCUACUGCUGUCUCUCAUGUUAGUAUGGAGCAGUACACAAUACUGGGAAGGAUUGGAGAGGGCGCUCAUGGAAUCGUCCUGAAAGCCAAGCAUGUGGAGAGUGGAGAAGUGAUUGCAUUAAAGAAAAUUCCUUUGAGGAAGUUAGAAGAUGGUAUUCCUAACACUGCACUCAGAGAAAUCAAAGCUUUACAAGAGAUAGAAGAUAAUCCAUACGUGGUAAAACUGCGUCAGGUGUUCCCGCACGGCAGUUCCCUGGUUCUGGAGUUUGAGUACAUGCCCUCAGACCUUUCUGAAGUGAUCCGCAACUCAGACAAGCCACUCACGGAGGGCCAGGUGAAGUCAUACAUGCUCAUGUUGCUGAAGGGAGUCGCCUUCUGUCAUGAAAACAACAUCAUGCACAGGGAUCUGAAGCCAGCCAACUUGCUGAUCAGCAGCACAGGGCAUCUCAAGAUUGCAGACUUUGGGCUUGCUCGGGUGUUUCAGAACAAGGGAAAUAGACUGUACAGUCACCAAGUGGCCACAAGAUGGUACAGAGCGCCUGAACUUCUAUACGGAGCGAGGAAAUACGACGAAGGCGUGGACCUGUGGGCAGUUGGCUGUAUUUUUGGUGAACUGCUGAACAAUUCUCCCCUAUUUCCAGGAGAGAAUGAUAUAAAACAGCUGUGCUGCGUGCAAGGAGUACUUGGUACUCCCAACGAGAAAAUCUGGCCUGGCAUGCAUGAGUUGCCAGAUUACAACAAGAUCACAUUCCCAGAGACCCACCCGAUGCCCUUUGAGCUAGUCGUUCCUGACGCGUCCACAGAGGCACUAGAUCUGCUGAAGAAGUUUCUGGUGUACCAGUCUAAACAGAGGGUCUCUGCUAAAGAGGCUCUAGUCCACCCAUAUUUCUUCACGGAGCCCCUGCCAGCCCAUCACUCUGAACUGCCGAUACUCCAGCGCAGUCAACGCGGGCAUCAGCGGCGCCAGAACGCCCAUCAGUAUAACAUAGAGGCACCCUUAGACAAGUCUCUAGUAGAUCCUGAACUGUUAGCCCCACAUGUGGUGAAAAUAAAAUGAUGUGUUGUGAAAAUUGCAAAUUGUGUUUGAAAAUUCAAGAUGGCAGCAGAAACAGAUACUCAUACCAAGGCACACAGUGGUAGGAAUAAUGGCACGCUGACUGUUUUUUCGGAUAAACACUGCUGAGCUGCCUACUUACUGAAGAUUUUCUGUGCAACAAAACUGGAGACAUAUAUGCAUGAUGUGUGCAUUUGAUGAGGAGUUUUAAAAUGUGUUAUCAAGUCAUAAUUUGCUUCCAUAUAUGACAAUGCUGAAGGUUCAGCUCUUUUAAUGUUUAAUUGUUACAUGUAUAUGUUUUGACUAAAUACUAUUUCUAGACAUAUCAAACUGACCAUGUGAUCAAAGAUGCUAAUGACAGUUCGAAAUUAUUAAAAUGGCUCAUGUAAAAGAUACAUUUCAUGAAAAAUUGCAAUAUGACUCAUAAUGAGAAUUUAUAAAAAAAACAUGCACCUUUAAACCAUGGGUUUAUACCUCCGUGGAGCAGUGUUAACCUUUUUUUUCUAACUUGUAUUUAAAAUUGUAGAACUGCCAGGUAACUGUGAUAUAUUUUACCAUUCAAUUGUAUAUAUUUCAUAAUAUUUAUUCUUGUCAGUUAAAGAGA